GGUCUCUGCCAUACUUUAAGAAAAGAGGCAUGGAAAUUUCUUUUGGGGUAUUUUCCUUGGAAUAGCACUAAAGAAGAGAGAGCAAAUCUGCAAAAAAGAAAAACGGAUGAGUAUUUCAGGAUGAAACUGCAGUGGAAAUCUGUCAGUGAGGAACAGGAAAAACGAAAUUCAAGAUUAAGAGAUUACCGGAGUCUUAUAGAAAAAGAUGUAAACAGGACAGAUAGAACAAAUAAAUUCUAUGAAGGCGAAGAUAAUCCAGGAUUGAUUUUACUUCAUGAUAUUUUGAUGACCUACUGCAUGUAUGACUUUGACUUAGGUUAUGUCCAGGGGAUGAGCGACUUGCUUUCACCUGUCUUGUAUGUUAUGGAGAAUGAAGUAGAUGCCUUUUGGUGCUUUGUAUCAUACAUGGAUCAAAUGCAUCAGAAUUUUGAAGAACAGAUGCAGGGUAUGAAGACACAACUAAUUCAGCUGAGUACUUUGCUUCGUUUACUAGACAGUGGAUUUUGCAGUUAUUUAGAAUCUCAAGACUCAGGCUACCUAUAUUUUUGCUUCCGAUGGCUUCUUAUCAGAUUUAAAAGGGAAUUUAGCUUUCAAGAUAUUCUUCGACUCUGGGAGGUCAUGUGGACAGAAUUGCCUUGCCAGAAUUUUCAUCUUCUCCUUUGUUGUGCUAUCUUAGAAUCUGAAAAACAGCAAAUAAUGGACAAGCACUAUGGCUUUAAUGAAAUAUUAAAGCAUAUCAAUGAACUGUCUAUGAAAAUUGAUGUGGAAUAUAUACUCUGCAAAGCAGAAGCCAUUUCUAUGCAGAUGAUGAAUUGCAAGGAAUUGCCUCAAGCAGUUAGUGAGAUCCUGGGGAUAGAAAGCAGUUCUGUAACACCGGAUUCAGAUACCGGAGAGGAUGAAAGUGGAGCUGUGUUGAGUUGUCCGAAGUCAUCAUAUGAGAGUAUCUCAACACCUGUAAUUGCUGCCAAUGGAACAAGAGACAGCAGUCAACAGAUGUCUGAGACGCAGAGCCUGACACCUGCAUAAUUACAGUUUGUUAAAUUGAAGAAAGACUUUUACUGAGCACGUUUUUUUCAAGCACUUGAGAGAUGGAUAUUUAAAUUUGGUGUUGAUUUAAGCUUUAAGGUUGGAAAGAAAAUCUGUACUGUAAUGCUCUUGCAUUAAAGCUUUACAACAUGACUCAACUUAACUAUUUUUGUAGUUUCUUCUACCAAAAUAGCCUUUUGUUUUCAAUAACAUUCCUUAAUAUUUUUGUAGCCAAGUGCAUUUUCUUUUUGCUGGUGAACUGGAAAUGGAUGGUGAUGAAGAAUGAAUUUGAAAAUUCUGCAUUUGCUGAGCUCUCACACAUAUUGAUCUAAGGCAGUGUGAGCUCUUUGAUUUGAGCAGAUUCACAAUAGGCCAGCUGAAGCUGCUAUACAAAACUUUCAAGCUGAAGAGAUACUGAUGAGUUAAAGGAGGAUCGUUUUGUAAAUGAAUGGGCUUUCCCUUUCUCAAAUGUUUACAAAAAUACUUCUAAGUAUUUGUUGCUGGUUGAAUGUAGAUUUGAAAUGGACAUUUAUACUUUGACAGUUUAAUGUCCAAAUACUGAAUUUUGUGUAACUGGGAGUGGAUGAACAGUAUAUUUUUACAUUAACGUAUCUUCACUUUAUAUAUGCAUAUAUAUAUUUACACACAUACACACACUAUAUACACAAAUGUUUGUGAAUACUAAAAAGGAUAGUCAUAUUUUCAAUAUCUGAAUAAACUUGACUGUUUAUUCAUAUGAAUCAGUUUGACCAAAUUAAUGCACAGCUCCAAAUUGGGCUAUUUUUGAAAACUUUUCUAACUGAAGGUAACUUUCAUGAGAAUACAUUCAGUCCUACACUUGAGGUAAUUUUGCAAUUGAUUUCAUGCAAACUUUACUAAUGUUUAUCUUUGCUAAUAUAUUAACUGAGCAAUUAACUACUUACACUGUUUUUAUGGCAAGAUUAUUUGGAGAAUUAAUAAGCAGGUUAUUAAAAAAACCACAACAAACCACAACAGUAAUCACAAUUAACACUAAUGCAUUUUUUUGUAUAUGCAAAAGGCAGUGUGAGUUUAUUCCAUGCCAUGCUGAUGUCCUUUGACGUUAUGUGAAGUUUAACAUAACUGAUUCAGUGUAUUCAUUUGGUAACUAUUGUACAUAUAUAAAAUAAAAAUCAAAGCUGAUCUAGUGUUUUUAAUUAAAUCAUAUUUAGAGAAAAAA